CGCACCCGCCCACACGCCCCCCGCCCCCCCCCACACGCGCACGCACGCGGGCCGGCAACAGGUCAACCGCCAACUACUGACACUAACUAGUUGUGCACUGGGAGUAAGGCGUAGGGAACUUGAACAUGAGUAACACACCGUCAACGAGAAAGCCAUACAGGAAGGCGCCACCUCAGCAUCGGGAGAAUCGGAGCGAGCCACCAUUUUUUAGGAAUGAACUAGAUGGGACAGCUGUACCUACUGAGCAGAGUCAGGAACCACUGACUGAUAGAGACCAAAUUAAACAGUUGCGGCAACAGAAUGAAGAGCUACUCCGAAAGCUGACCCAUAGCACAAAAAGGUUGGAGAUAAUGGAGGCUGACUUUGACUCCAGCCGACAUUACCUUGAGGCAGAGCUGAACCAUGCUCGGGACGAAGUGGACAAACUGAAGGACAAAUUCCGCAGAUUACAGAAUAGUUACACUGCAUCCCAACGAGCCAAUCAGGAUCUGGAGGACAAACUGCAUGCCCUGGCCUCUAUCAGCCAAAGCUGGAUCUAUGCAAUUAAAAAAGCUGAACUGGAAAAAAAGACCCUUGACUGGGAAAUUGUGGAACUUACAAACAAAUUACUCGAUUCAAAAACUGCUAUCAACAAACUGGAAGAGUUAAAUGAGCGCUACCGACAGGAUUGUAACCUUGCUGUCCAGCUGUUAAAGUGCAACAAAUCUCAUUUCAGGAACCACAAGUUUGCAGAUCUUCCUUUUGUACUUCAAGAGAUGGUGAACAAACAUCUGGAAUCCAGUGAAGAUUUCCAACCUGGACGGGAAUCGAUCCCUACUCGUAGUUCUUCGGACGUUGUGCCAACUUCUGUCAUCGCCAGAGUGUUGGAAAAGCCUGAGCCACUCAUCCUGAACUCGGCCAAAUCCAGCAACAGCAAUCAGCCAAUGGCAGAGGAUGUCUUUGUUCAUGUGGACAUGAGUGGCAGUACGAAUGGUGUCAAAAGUACAGGAAAAGAGGCAGGUCAAGACAUGACCGAGGCAGUUAUGCCCCAAAAAGGGAUGUGUAGGCGGCAGAUAUGUUCAGAGAACACACCAGACGAGACACCCACCUUUGAGAGGCUGAACCCAUAUCCUACUCCACCUCAGAACUUUUUCCCUGGCCGCAAAGCUGUCGUUGAAUUCACUUCUGAUGAUAAGGUUAAAAUGCCAAAGAACAGUCCCUUACCUAACUGUACAUAUGCCACCAGACAAGCCAUAUCGCUCAGUUUGGUCCAAGGAGAGGAGGAUGGGCUGGAGCGACAGCGAACUGUACCCAGCAGUCCGUCAUCAGACGGGAGGAAGUCAGGGCAGGUAACCAGGCAGUACCAGUCACCAAGGUCAGACACACCCAGAAGAACGGGCAAUCAGUUUCAAUCAGCUCAGUCAAGCCCUUUCAAUAGUCCGCCUCAAAUGUCAAGUGCAUUUGCUAGCUCAACAAGUUCGGAAGAAGAUCUACUCGCAAACCUGCAGCGAAUGUUUGUGGAGAAGGUAGCACCUGUUUCUGAAAGGGUUAUUGCCCAUCGAACAUCCUUCAGUAAUGAAAUAGUCCAAGAAUUGCAGAAUAGUUUGGGCAAUAAAAUUGCUGUGGGUGAGAGGAGGCUAGCUUACUCAGAUGGAGAAGAAUCUGUCCAAAGUUGCAGUUGGACAAUGAGCCGAGAUUCCAGCCUGGAUACAGACAGCACAGAUUCUAAAUUACGGAAAAGCAAACAUAUGCUUGAUUACGGGAGUGAGUUCUCUCGGGAAGAAGGAGAGCAGCUGCUUCACACUUCAGAUGUUGAUCAGCCGGACGUACAGUGUAGUCCAGUGCAGAAGCACAAAGAAUACACAGAUACCGUCUCUGGCAACAGCUUGGUAGAAGAACGAGAAGUUCUACUCUUUGAAGACCAGACCUCUGUGCAGGAUGAUCUGGAAGAGAUUGGAGACAAACCAUCAAUAGCUUUAGGGGGACGACAGAAGAGUCCAAAAAGGAUGGGUGUCCAUCACUUAUCACGAAAGGACAGUUUAAUUAGGGCACAGGAGCAGGGCACCCUUCUGGACUAGAUCUCUGAGGUGCUAUGUGCAUUGUAGUAAACUGCUGCCAUGCAAAAUGUCACUCAGCAAAAAAAAAAGAACUUCUAACUUUUUUAGUGCUUAUAGAAAUUCACAGAUCGUCUCCUAGGAAGCUGGUCAAAAGCAAACUAAUCAGCAUGUGCAGUUUAGUGAAUCUGAGUUCAAAAGGUAGUACAUCAGUAUUUUCUAAGAAAAUCAUUUUGUAAUGAAUUAAAUCUUUGCAGAAAGGAACUCAGAUUCCAGAAGAGUAUCCAUGCUGGAUGAAGGCAGGUAAUUUCUCAGCAUGUCUUGUGUUUUUAAUUUGGUUUUUAUGUCUAUUUGUACUUAAUGUCGUCUCCCUUGCAUGCUUUAAGAGCAAUGCGAGUGAUUGAAUAUUUUACAAUCAUAGUUUGGUUGGCAUUAAAUUUACAGUGAUCUCUGUUAAAAAUGCCAGGUGUAGGCUUUAUUUCAAAGUUGUAGCUGACACCUGUUGGGUUUAAUUUGGAUGCAAACUUGAAUAUUCAGACCAUUUUUUAGUAUUUGUAAUUUCCCUGCCCGUUGCAUUAUAAUAUGACGUGAAUCAGUGAUUCACAUGUUUGACUCAUUGUCACCACUAAUCUCAUAGCUGCCUAAUUUAGUCCACUGAAAGGACAGUAGAUUAGGUGUUUUUUGUUUGUUUUUCUGCCAAUAAUUCUUUAUUGAACACCUUGAGUACAAAUGAUAUGCUUGACAGAGCCAAGUACAAGAUGGAAACUCUUCAGAUACUCUUGGUACAAACGUUUAAAAAUUCCAGAUUGCCGUCAAACUUAGUGCCUGCAACCCAAUAAACAGGUAAACCUUUCCCCAAAAUAUUACCACAUAUUCGCACUGCUACUGCCUGGGCAGGUGAUCCAAGAUUGCUUGAAUCUGGAUUAAUACCAUGAGGAAAUGGAAAGUUCCCAUGGUUUGCAGCCUCGAGUGCAAAACAGGGAUGGUGGAAAGAAAGAUAUAUUAAAGCUCUCUGAUUGCAGACUGACUGUUGAUCAACUGUAGAGAAAUGAGAUUUACAAGUCUUAUGUGGUGUGUUAUCAUUUUCCAACCAUCAAAGCAGAGCCUCCAACAUCUGCAGUGCCCAAAUCCAUCCCAGAGGUUACUUGCUGCCUCUGUGGUUUGAUUUUGUGGGACAUUCAACAGCUACCAUUCAUUUUGUAGACAGAAGAGACUGCAGAUGCUGGAUUCUGGAUUUUUUUUUUAAACAAGCUGCUGGAGGAACUCCAGGGCCAGUAGCAUCCAUGGCCAGAAUGCAGUCGCUGUUUCAGGACUUGUGCAGGUGAACGGACUCGACCUGAAAAUCUAUCUGUCGAUUUCCUUCCACAGAUGCUGCCUGUCCCACUGAGUCCUCCAGCAACUAUUAAUUUCCCUUUUUUACCACCACAUUGAUCCAGGGUAUUUAUGUUCAAUAUUGAAAUACAGAUAAAUGCUUUUGUAAAUGGAACCAGAUCGAUUUUGCUGCCAUUCUUUUAAAUUUAUUUUAAAAUGUCCAUCCCUCAGUGACAUUGUAUUGUAUUAAUUGUAUUAAUCCUCCCUGCUCAAUUCUGCUGAUAUGGGAAAUGACCUCUUUAGCUUAUUUCAUGACAGUAUUCCAUGUCUCAAGUUUUAAAAAGUGAAACAAACUUAAGUAUUAAAGGUCCUUAUCUUUUGGGUGGUUAAUGCAGAGUGCAGCCUUAUCAUUAAGCAAGAUCUAUAGUAUUAUAAAAUGAGUAUAAGCUGCCAAAUUUAGCAAUGGGUCACAAAGUAAAAUCUGUUUCACCAUUUCAUUUGGUUUCUGCUGCAAAUGUUGAAUUUUCCAAGACCACCCGGGCACUCGCACAAAACAUCCACUCCAACUAAACACACAAAUGUUAAAAUGCUGCUGGGAAUCUUCCCUCCCCAGGUGGUGCGCCACAGUUCUGAGAAACCACUGCAAAUGGUAACAUGCUCCCAGGAGCACUCUCAAACAGUAGCACACUCCCAGGAACUCAACGAAUAGUAACUACCUCCUGGGAACUUCCAACAAAUGAUAAUACAAUCGUAGGAGCCCUGCAAUUUGCAACAUACUCCAGGGAACACCCUCAAAUGAUAACACUCCUGGGAUCCCUACAAAUGGUAACUCACCUUCAGUAGCUUCUCAGGAAUCUCCACUGCUGGUAACAUUCCUCAGUCCUUCUCAAAUAAUAACACACAUGGGAACAACUACAAAAGAUAACGAUUCUGGGGGAAACAUACUCUUGGGGAACGCACAAAUAAUAGAAAAACAAUCUAACUGGUGGCUCCUCAAAUAAUAUAUCGAUCAAUGCAGGUUCUAUUUCCCCUCUCCCCCCUUUUGGACUUAUAGAGUCAUA